AUGGAUGAAACCUACGCUCCCUUCGACUCCGCCUUCGCCGCCGAAACUAACGGAGUAUCUCGCACCGCCGAUCACGGCUGGCAGAAGGUUACCUACGCUAAGAAGCAUAAGAAGAAGGAAGCUAAUGGCGUCGCCGGUUCUAACAAACUGACGUUUAACGGCAACGAUGCUGCCUUCCGGUCGCUCGAGCUGCACUCGGAGGAUCGACGUCGGCGCAUUCUCGAGGCGCAGUCUGCGGCGGAUGCCGAUUUCGAUGACGCUCCGGUCAGAUCGAAGCAGAGGUCGCGUCGAGAUGAUGAUGACUUUGAUGAGGAUGAUGAGGAUGUGGAUCGAUCAGCGGAGAACGGGAAAGUGGAGGAGGCGAAGAAGGUGAAGAAGGAGAAGAAGCCGAAGAAGCCUAAGGUGACGGUGGCUGAGGCUGCGGCAAAAAUUGAUGCGGCUGAUCUGGAGUCUUUUCUCGUUGAAAUAUCGGCAUCCUUCGAUCAGAAGGAGGAUAUACAGAUGAUGCGGUUUGCGGAUUAUUUUGGACGUGCUUUUUCUUCAGUGAGCGCUUCUCAGUUUCCCUGGGUGAAAUUGUUCAGGGAGUCAGCUGUAGCUAAGAUUGUUGAUGUGCCACUUUCUCACGUAUCGGAUGCUGUAUACAAGACAUCAGCUGACUGGAUAAAUCAUCGAUCUCCUGAGGCACUCAGUUUCUUUAUUCUUUGGUCUUUGGAUAGUAUUCUUGCUGACUUGGGUAGCCAGCAGAUUGUGACCAAGGGUUCCAAAAAGGCUGUGCAACCAUUAACUUCAAAGUCUCAGGUUGCAAUAUUUGUUGGUUUAGCGAUUGUAUUGCGCCGAAAGCCUGAUGCUCUUAUUGCUGUAUUGCCCACAUUGAGGGAGAAUACAAAAUAUCAAGGACAAGAUAAACUUCCAGUGAUUGUAUGGAUGGUUGCUCAGGCUUCAGUAGGAGAUCUCUCAGUAGGUUUGUAUGCUUGGUCGCGGAACCUCCUUCCUAUAGUUGUUAGCAAAAGUGGGAACCCGCAAUCCAGGGAUUUAGUUUUGCAGCUUGUGGAAAAAAUUUUGUCUACCCCCAAAGCACGGCCUAUUUUGGUUAAUGGUGCUGUAAGAAAAGGGGAACGAUUAAUUCCUCCUCCCGCAUUUGAGACUUUGCUGCGUGUUACUUUUCCGUCUUCAGCUAGACUUAAGGCUACAGAAAGAUUUGAGGCCAUAUAUCCCGCUCUGAGAGAGGUGGCUCUUGGUGGUUCUACUGGAAGUAAGGCAAUGAAACAAGUCUCCCAGCAGAUAUUCAAUUUCGCUAUCAUAGCAGCAGGAGAAGACAAUCCUGAGUUAUCAAAAGAAGCAGCUGGUAUUUCAAUUUGGUGUUUUAGCCAAAGCUCUGAAUGCUACAAGCAGUGGGAAAAAGUUUAUCUGGACAACAUUGUCGCAAGCGUUGCAGUUUUAAAGAAGCUUUCUGAUGAUUGGAAGGUGCAAGCUACAAAAUUGUCUCCUUAUGAGCCACUUAGGGAGAUUAUAAGGAAUUUUAGACAAAAGAAUGAGAAAGCUUUGGCAUCUGAGACCGAUGCUGCUCGAUUCUUCAAGGAUGCAGAUAAAUACUGUAAGAUAAUCUCAGGAAGAGUUUCUCAAGGCCACGGGGGCAAGGCUUGUUUGACCUUUGUUGUUCUUUCUUUGGCUGUUGGUGCUGCUGUUUUGUACCCCAACAUGGAAUCUGUGGAUCUCAAUAAACUGUCUGUACUUUUCAACUCCCAGUUCUGA